AUGAACUGCUGUUUCAAAUUUCUUCUUCUGAUGUGCAUUUUAGUCGCUGUUGUACAAGUAAACUUUUCUGCUGGUAAACAAUAUGACAUCAAACAUUGCUGGAGGCCUUACGAGUUUUACAAGCUUUUGGAAAACCAUUGCUCAUUCCACGUUCGUAAACGUAGUAUAAGAGGGGAAGGUAAGAGAUAAACUGUUUUUAACAGCUCCUUUUCUAAAUCGUAACUCUGCCAUAAGCAUGUAGAAAUGUUGUUUAAUUGCGGUCGACAAGAGCAGCCCAUAAACCUAAUCUCCAGGUUGUUAUUACGCAUGCGUCGCAUGUAUGUAGCCAGCAUUCGUUUGGCUUUCCAACACUUUUCGCUCGUAAUAGCCUUGCAGUUUAAUUUGAAUGUGGCACUACCGUCAAAUCUGGCCUUCUCCCAGAAAAGAGGAAGGCCGCAGUGGCCGAUGGGGGGUAUGGGGCGGGGGGGAGGUUUGGGCGUGGUUGGCUGCUGUCUAGAAACAACAGCUAUUCUAAAUUCAUUUAUGUCCUUGCCACCCAUUUGUACUCAAUCUAUCAUCAAUUCACAAUGCUGGUUUGUUUGUUUUCAGACUUGGUAAAAUCAAAGAUAGAAGCCAAUGGCUUUCUCAAUAAAUUAGCAAGAAGGGAAUCCGACCUUGCUGAAGCACAAAGAACGACCUACACUGAAGAAUGUUGUUUCGAGGGAUGCAAAGUAGAGGAAAUAUCAGAAUAUUGCGGGCAUUUACUUUAG